AUAUAUUUGUCGCAUUAGGGACUGUUGUGAGGUGUCUUUUCAAGUGCCACUAGCGUGGCAAAAGACUGUAACUGAUUGUGAGUGUGCGCGAUCGGUGACGUAUGUUUUGUAUGUACGUGACAUAAUAAUUAUCUCAGUCCGAGAACCGUGUAGUGCAAUCGAUCGAUCCUUUUGGGAUUCUCUCUCGUAAUAACAACAACAAAAGUAAGUAUACGAAUGUGCAAUGAGUUUUAAUAGUUAGUUCUCUUACGUUCAGCAUAGCUAAUCUUAAGUGUCGAAGUGCUCUUCCUCUUCCUUCUCUCGUUCACUCAAGCGAGCGCUCCGACGUUCUAGAUUUGCAAUUCCGAACGCAGCUCUUGUCCGACACAAAAAAUUUACCUAUGUAUAUUACAAGGUGUUAUGGAUAUGGUGGAACUAAUCUCAACGAUGACAAAAGUGAUGAACACAAAACGAUCUCCGUGAUCUCCGUUGCACUAUGGGAAAAACAAGCCAAGGACUUUGAUGGUUCCAAUAAUCCGGUCUUGGCCAUUAAAGGAGCGCGUGUGGGUGAAUUCAAUGGUGGAAAAAACCUGUCCCUCGUACAUUCCUCUGUACUUGAAAAGAAUCCUGAUCUUCCUGAAGCACACAGAUUGCGCGAAUGGUACACCACAGUUGGCCAUUCAGAAAAUGCUAAAUCAUUAUCUAGAGCAGGUGGAAGUGGUGACUUAAACGUGCCGUUAUAUACUCUCCAAGAGGCAACCGAAGCUCGAUUGGGGGAGAAAAUGAAUAUCUCGGAUGCAUUUAUGGUGGUGGCGACCAAUAAAAUGAUUCGCGUGGAGAAUGCUAUCUACAAGGCAUGUCCCAUAGAAAGUUGUAAGAAAAAAUUAAUUGAUCAAUCUACUGGAGUAUUUAGAUGUGAGAAGUGUAACAAGGAGUAUCCAAAUUUCUCAUAUCGAUUGCUGGCAAGUAUGAAUAUAGUGGAUGCGACAGGCAAUCGCUGGGUAACUGCCUUCGGUGAAGAAGCUGAGAAGAUAUUAGGCAUAUCGGCGCAACACUUGGGGGAAUUGAAAAAGAGCGAUAACGAUGCCUAUUUGCAUAAAUUCGGCGAGGCAACUUUCAAAAGAUUUACUUUCAACUUGAGGGCGAAAUCAGAAGUUUUCCAGGAUGAAAUGAGAAUACAAUACGUCUGUGUAUCAGUUACGCCGUUAAAUUACAAGACUUACCUCGCACAUCUGAUAGACAAAGUCUCCAAGUUGUUGCACAUCGAAAAAUUUGAAUUCAACUAUAACAAGAUAAGAUUUUAUACGUUUCGUUAAAAAGAAGUUUAAGAUGGUUAAAGCUGAUUAUUUUGCACGAUUAAUUUAAGUAUUAUGGUCGUUUGUAUGAAUUUUCUUUGCAGUGUCUUAUUUAGAUUUAGAGUGUUUUUAUUAUUCGAUAAAGUUCCAUCAUUCUUUAAUGUAAAAACUUACCGAAUUUAUCACGUAAGAAAAAAUUGAUAUACGUAUAAUCACAUUAAUCGAAUAUGCGUUACCUUGCAUAAAAAUAUUUAUCAUUUUUCUUUGUAUUGUGGUUGCUAUGUAAUAGCAUGGUUGUUAUGUAAUAGAAAAUUAUGCUACAAAAGUAAUAGCAUUUACUUUUGUAGCAUAAUUUCACUGUUCGUUGUCUCGGCUUCUUCUUCAGAUCCCAAGAUUUUUACAGUGUAUUUUCAGAAUUCCGUACAACAGUAAUGUAAUAAAUCAAAUGGAAACGAGAA